AUGCCUGCUAGCAUGGCCCCUACACUGCUCUUCUUGAUCCUUAUGGGAAUACUUCAUGAGUUCGACUCAGCACCAUCAUCAUCAACCACAUCAUCAUCAACCACAGUGGCACCUACAACAACACCAGGAUUGUCCCUGAGGCUAGCUGACACCUACAACUAUUGUGAGGGACGUGUGGAAGUUUAUUAUGAAGGUGCCUGGGGAACCGUUUGUGGCAACAACUGGGACAUCAAAAAUGCCCAAGUUGUCUGCAGGCAGCUUGGCUGUGGAGAUGCUGUCCAAGUCGUGCCUUGGCCUCGGUUUGGUCAGGGCUCAGGCCGAAUCCUCCUAGAUGGUGUCCAGUGUGAGGGAGAUGAAGCCUUCCUGUGGGACUGCAAGAACCGUGGAUGGGGGGUCCAUAACUGCACUCAUCAACAGGAUGCCACUAUUCUCUGCCAAUAUGAAAACCCUAAACCAGCUGGAACUGUAGGAGAUUACAUAUCUUUACAGCUGGAGAAUGGCCACAAUUGGUGUGCUGGUCGUGUGGAAGUCACUUACUUUGCAAGCUGGCGGACUGUGGUUUGCAGUGAAGGAUGGGACCUAAAAGAUGCUGAAGUUGUCUGCAAACAACUUGGUUGUGGCUACGCUCUGGCUGCCUUGACAGAUGGCUUUUUUGGAGAAGGAACAGGUGGCCCUUUGAUGACCAAAGUAGAUUGCUCUGGUAGAGAAGAUUUUUUGCUAGAUUGUUUUUAUGAGGAGCGGCCUGCUACAUGUGGAAACUACAAGCAUGCUGGUGUUAUCUGCUCAGAUUCUGGGAUGACAGUACCUAACCAGCAAUCAUCAUCAACAACACCAGUCUCAUCAACAUCAUCAACAUCUUCAACAACAUCAGCAUCAUCAACCACAGUGACACCUACAACACCAGGACUGUCCCUGAGGCUAGCUGACACCUACAACUACUGUGAGGGACGUGUGGAAGUUUAUUAUCAAGGCGCCUGGGGGACUGUUUGUGGCAACAACUGGGAUAUCAAGAACGCGCAGGUUGUCUGCAGGCAACUUGGCUGUGGAGAUGCUAUUCAAGUCGUAUCUUGGCCUCGAUUUGGUCAGGGCUCAGGCCGAAUCCUCUUAGAUGGUGUCCAGUGUGAGGGGGAUGAAGCCUUCCUGUGGGACUGCAAGAACCGUGGAUGGGGAGUCCAUAGUUGCACUCAUCAACAGGAUGCUACUAUUCUCUGCCAAGAUGAAAUCUAUAAACCAUCUGGAACUAUAGGAGAUGUCUUGUUUUUUCAGCUAGAGAAUGGUCCCAAUUCGUGUGCUGGUCGUGUUGAAGUCACUUACUUUGCAAGCUGGCGGACUGUGAUUUGCAGUGAAGGAUGGGACAUAAGGGAUGCCGAGGUCAUGUGCAACCAGUAUCUUGGUUGUGGCCAUGCUCUGGCUGCCGUGACUAAUGGUUUUUUUGGAGAAGGAACAGGUGGCCCUUUGAUGUCAAAAGUAGAUUGCUCUGGUGACGAAUAUGAUUUGUUUUCUUGUUCUUAUGAGUAUCGACCUGCUACAUGUGGAAACUACAAGCACGCUGGUGUUAUAUGCUCAGAUUCUGGAAUGACAAUACCUACAUCAUCAUCAACCAAGGUGACACCUACAACAACAGUAUCAUCAACCACAGUGACACCUACAACAUCAGGACUGUCCCUGAGGCUAGCUGACACCUACAACUACUGUGAGGGACGUGUGGAAGUUUAUUAUCAAGGCGCCUGGGGGACUGUUUGUGGCAACAACUGGGACAUCAAAAAUGCACAGGUUGUCUGCAGGCAGCUUGGCUGUGGAGAUGCUGUCCAAGUCGUGCCUUGGCCUCGGUUUGGUCAGGGCUCAGGCCAAAUUCUCCUAGAUGGUGUCCAGUGUGAGGGAGACGAAGCCUUCCUUUGGGACUGCAAGAACCGUGGAUGGGGGGUCCAUAGCUGCACUCAUCAACAGGAUGCUACUAUUCUCUGCCAAGACUUUGAAAUACGGCUGGUGAAUGCUUGUAGCCCUUGUGAGGGGCGUGUCGAGGUUUAUUACAAUGGCACAUGGGGAACAGUUUGUGAUGAUGACUGGGAUAUCAAUGAUGCACAGGUGGUUUGCAAAGAGCUUGGAUGCGGAGAUGCGGUUUCAGCUCCAGGAGAGGCUUACUUUGGUGAAGGCAAUGGAAAUACCUGGCUUUCUAACCUUCAAUGUGAUGGCACUGAAUCCUACCUGUGGCAGUGUGAACACUUGGGCUGGGGCAUUCACGGCUGCCACCCUGAAGAAGAUGCCAGUGUCAUCUGCACAGGUCUUAAUGAAGGAUAUGGAAAGGGAGCCUAUGGGAAGUCCAUUGAAGGGAAGAAAGGCUCUCAAGGAAAAGGGGAGCCUUGUAAGUUCUCCAUUGCCACCAGUGGGCUGAAAAGAGCUGUUUUUUCAGAUGUGGAACAAGAAUGUCCAUGCGGCAGUGCACCAAUUUUAGGGAAGAGCAGGAAAACAGAUAUAGGGGGCUUUGGCAUAGUAUCCGACAAGCAGAAACGGAUAGCAAUUCACCCAAAAUUCACAAGCCUACAUCUGAAUAUUCCUUGCCUAGGAAAAUCUGAUCAGAUUCAUGGGGUUAUCAUAAGUCAGCAGGUAACCUGA